GGCAGAUCGAGGAGAAGCAUGAAGAAUAUACCCGGUAUCUAAGCUGACAGAGGGGAAAAGCAUCUCGUCUUCCCUCACUGAUUAGGGGCCGACUGGAAGCGGAGGGAAGCAGCGGGGCUGAGAACAGGAUGGAGGAGAAGAAGAAGCAGUUUCUUUGUGGAGUGGUGGAAGGAUUCUAUGGGAGACCUUGGUCUAUGGAUCAGAGGAAAGUUCUCUUUCAAUGGAUGCAACAUUGGGGGUUGAACACCUACCUGUAUGGUCCGAAAGAUGACCUAAAGCACAGACUGCUGUGGAGAGAAGUGUAUUCUCCUGAAGAGGAGAGUCAGUUGCAUACUCUCAUAGUGGAGGCCCAGUCGAGAGGCCUGAGGUUUGUUUACGCCCUCUCUCCUGGUCAGGACAUCGUCUUCUCUUCUCCCUGUGACCUGACACUGCUCAAACGCAAGCUGAGACAGGUAUCAGACCUGGGUUGCCAGGCAUUUGCCAUUCUGUUUGAUGACAUCGAUCACUCCAUGUGUCAGGCUGACAGCGAGGCCUUCUCUUCAUUUGCCCACGCUCAGGUCAAUGUAACAAAUGAGAUCUAUCGGUUCUUGGGGGAACCACCAGUCUUCCUCUUUUGCCCAACAGAAUACUGUGGUUCUCUGUGUUCUCCCAGUAUAUCUAAGUCUCCAUACCUUCAGACUGUUGGAGAGGACCUACUGCCCAACAUAACAGUAAUAUGGACGGGCAAUAAGGUCAUCUCUAGGAAACUUUCUGUAGACUGCCUGGCUGAGGUGGAAUCUGUCCUCCAGCGCCCCCCGCUCAUCUGGGACAACCUGCACGCUAAUGACUACGAUUCCCGACGUCUCUUCCUGGGGCCUUUCAAGGGUCGAGAGCCUCAGCUGAGGAGCCACCUUAGGGGCCUGUUGCUCAACCCUAACUGCGAGUUUGAAGCCAACUACAUCCCACUGCAUACGCUGGGGAGCUGGUACAGAGCCGGAAAAAAGGAAUGGAAGGAUGAGGAGUGUGAGUACUGUCCUGAUAGAGCUCUGUCUUCUGCACUACACGAUUGGAUGGAGGAACUCAACCAACCACUGCAAGCAGGUCGGCAGAGCACACGAGCAGACCAGCGUUCCUCUGAUCCAAUGUCUCGCUGCAAACCUCCGGACAGAUCGGACUGCCCCUCCACAAUCAGAGGGACCUCUGCUGUGGCCAAACUCCCGGUCUUCCCCCUGAACUCCAGCUCACCCCCACCGUCACCCACUAAGCUCAAGGGGCAGAGGGAGGGGCGAGACAGUGAGGAGAAGAGGUCAAACCAGCCUAGUCAAAAUCACCAGCCUCCAGGAACCAGACCGGGAGCACCUUCAGCUGGAAGCCGGGGACAGAAGGCCCAGGGUCGGGGGGUCUGCAGUGGGAAGGGCCUGCUAAGUGAGUCCCAGGUGCGGCUGUUGGUUGGGCUUCACUUUCUUCCCCAUGAACACGGCCCAUCUGCCCAGAAACUGCUACAGGAUCUGACCUGGCUUAAAACAAACUGCAACCUGGUUAGCGCUAACAGUAAGAAGACACCGCCUCAGAAGCUUGAUGAGUGGCGUGGUCGGGCCUCCAGGUUCCUGUCACUUUGUGAAGACAUAGCGCAGCUCCACUGCAGCGUGGUGGCCGGGGCCAACAGGGCUGUGCUCUAUGACCUCUACCCCUAUGUGUGGGACCUGAGGAACACCGCCCUGGUGGCAAAGGCCUUCAUAUGCUGGCUGGAUGGACGAGUGUUGAGUGACAGCUCCACCCUGGGUUCCUGGAGGAACUGCUUCCACUGGUGUGGGAAGACCACAGGGGCGGACCUACUGGGAGUUGAGUCAGAGCCAUGGGUGUUCAAAGGGGGUGUGUCUGGGGAGGUGCAGAUGCUUCUCCCAAUAGGCAGCAACAGUGAACUCUUCAGUCAUCCUCCUCCUCUCUUCCCUACCUCUCGUCUCUAUAACAUCAGGCCCUACCACAACAAGGACAAGGUGGAGUUGUAUCGGAUGGUCCGCCAACUUCACCUGAGGACUCAGGGUGGCCAAGAGUCCAGUGUUGCUCACCCAGAUGUCGUAGGAGACAGAUGUCUCGGACCGUGCCUGGCGUUGUGCCCCGAGUACAGCUUCAUCCUGGAGGAUGAGCUGGGUGUGUGUGGCUGUGUGUUGGGUGUCUUGGAUGUUCGCUCCUUUGCCAAACGGUGCCAGGCCAGCUGGAUGCCUGCCAUGAGGGACAAAUACCCACCCAAAGGAGGCAACACACACCCCAACACACAGGACUUGAUCCAGCUGAUGGAGGAGGACCAGGGUGAGUACCCGGACUCUCUCCUCUAUCACUUCCCCUCUCAGCUGCGACUGGAUGCCCUGCCUGAGCUAGUGGACAUCAGCGUCAGCCGCACCCUGCUAACCGCCCUCCUCACUGCGCUCAAGGCAAACGGUUCUCAAGGUGUGUUCUGUGAAGUGCAGCCAACGGACCGUCAGAGGCUGGAGUUUUUGACAAAACUGGGCUUCCUGGAGAUCCUCAGAGGAGAAGCCAGGAGCAGGGAGGGAGUGGUGAUGGGAAGGCUGCUCUGAACAUAAAACACACACACACACACACAUCUCUCACACACGAACACAUACACGCGCACUCACAUGGUCACACACAUACUGAGGGAGUUAGAAAAUUCUUAAGGGACAGUCCUGGAUUCCUGUGAGUCUGUGUGGCAGUAAUGGGGAUGAGCCCAGAGAUUUCUGAGGGAUUUACAAAAUAUAAAAUAAGCUUUGAAUUUAAACCUUGAGCAGAGCUGUGCUAAUCUUCCGUGGCUUCUACCCCUGGCUGAGGAUUACAAGAUUUAGUCAAGUUUCAAGGAAGUCCGUAAAAGAAUAGGCUGAUAUGGGAGCAGAGUGCUAGAUCACAGCAGCAACAAAGUUCUCCUUUGUGGGACGUGUUAUUCAAUCAUAUGAAUAUUUUUUUUUAAGUGGCUAUAAUCAAUAUUUUUUAGUAACAAUGGAUCACAUGACUUCUUGUAUGUGAAGGGGGUUGAUCAUAGUGACUUGGAGAGCUCACAGAGAAAUAUCAUUCCACGGCAGUUCUCCUCAGCUCCGCGGCACGUUUUAGCAUCUUUCAGCUCAUUGUUUUGUUUUUCCGGCCCACAACUUUACUGUUUCCUUCACUGUUGGAGCCUUCAACAGUUCCAAGCGUCUUUUUUCAGCGAAAAAGCUUGGAGAGUUGGAUGUGGCUUCAAGGAUCUACCCUGCUGAAGUGUCCCUAAGCAAGGCCCUAAAACCUUACCUUAGUCAGACAUGACCUCUGACCUAUCUGGAGAGUGGCAAAUAUUAAACCCACAAAAACCAUGUAAAAAAACAUGUGGUUUUAUGAGGGGCUAUGUGCCAGACUCUUUCUUGGCCAUAAUUAGUAAGUUACUUCAAGUUACUGUGUGGUUGCCAGACAGGCAGCGGAGACAUUUUGUCUUUUGUACAGAUUAAACAAAAGAGAUAUAACUUGUUACUUAGUGAACUUUUAGUGGUGCAGGUAGGUUGAUUUUGUUUCCUUUGGACGGAGCCAGGCUAGCUGUUUCCCACCAUUUCCAGUCUUUGUGCUAAACUAAGCUACAUAUUUAGAGUACAGACAUGAGAAUAAGGGUAUUUCCCAAAAUGUCAAAAUAUUCCUUUAAGAUCACAUAAAAUAAUCACCUCCUGAUCAUGACCACAGUUAAGCUGCUAUGGUCCGUCUUGUGCUCUGCUCCCUCUCUGCUUCGUGUAAACAAUCAUUUUUUUAAUUAAAAGUUAGGAUGUUGUUUUUCUAGCUCCUGUCCUGUUGGUUAAAUGGUCUGCUAACACGGGACCAGACCCAGGCACAGUGUCACUGUCUACACCUGUUUAGGUUAGAUGAAUGUUUACAUGCAUGAAGAACAAAUGAUUGUGUGGCUGUUCACAUAGUGGGAGUACAUGUUCUGACACUGACACAAACAUAAACAUAUAAUUUCAAUGGAAUUCUCUAACAUGGCAACAUUAAUGAAGAUCUUUUAUUCGGCUUUUCUCAGCCAUCAUACAGUAGCUGUAAGGUCUU